AUGCCUGAUCUCAACACCGUUCGUCGCAUCAUUGAUAACUGCAAUCAACUUGAAACUCUAAAGCUUGUCUUGGUUGAUGCCAAGAACCCGCGAUUGACCAAAGCCAACGUUGAAAACUGGUUCCGUAUCCAUGACAAAACCAAGAAGCAAAAGAAGCCUUUGAAAUUGCUCAAGGUAUCAAAUUGCUUCUCUCCCGUGUUUAUUGAAUACUUGGUGUACAAAUUCCAGCACAUUCAAACAGCUGAGGUCGAUAUGAAUAUGUAUCAGGUAUUCAUUGAAGAUAGCGUAAUUCAAGUAACGGAUGAAGAUAUUCAUGAUCAUCAUAUCCGUGUGGUGCAAGCUCUUCAAGAUACGCUUUACUAUGACUUCAAGUAUUGUACCUUGAGAAACAAUCGUCUGGAAGACAUUAUCUAUCAUGCUCAAGUGAGUGAUAAUGUCAUUACGAUCAGAAUAGUCGACCCAAGCAAAGGCCUCAUACAAAUGCGUGUUAAGAAGCUCUGGUACCUUCAUACCUAA